AUGAAAGAAGGAAAUGUUCAAAAUUAUAUAUUAUUUGAGGGAGAAAAUGAUGUAAAAAGUGAUCGUUUCUGCUACGACUAUUCAAAUCCAUCUCCUAUAAAAAAAACAACAAAACAUUUUACAUCCUAUAAAACUCAAAUGAAUAACGAUGGUCUCUUUAAAAGAGCAUCACUUAAACAAAACGAGUUUAAAUAUGACAUCAUGGGUAUAACUCCAAAGUGUAAUGAUCGAUAUAUUGAUAUGAAAAAGAAUCAGUUGUUAUUUUUCCGAUCCAUUUUUUUACUACAAAAUAAGUUGAACGUUAUUGCCACGAACAAUAUAAAUAAUUAUAUAACUAACUCUCAUGAUACCAGAAGACACAGUAUACCCAUGUUAUGGAUUCAUGAUAACAAAACAGUUUAUUCAAUGUAA